AUGGCAGCAUCCAUGAAUAGCGUUGUGUCUCUCACCCUGUGCAUUUUAGUUCAAGUUUUCUCAGCUGGGAGUUUGUCACAGGAGAAUGUGGAGGAGUUUUUCCAGAGUGGACACACAAACAACUGGGCAGUCCUAGUGGACACCUCUCGCUUCUGGUUCAACUAUAGACAUGUGGCCAAUGUACUCUCUAUUUACAGAAGUGUCAAAAGACUGGGUAUUCCAGACAGUCACAUAAUUCUGAUGGUGGCAGAUGAUAUGGCCUGCAAUGCUCGCAACCCUCGUCCAGGCACAGUGUUUAACAAUGCUAAUCAACAUAUCAAUGUGUAUGGUAAUGAUGUAGAGGUGGAUUACAGAGGUUAUGAGGUGACUGUUGAGAAUUUCAUUCGUGUCUUGACUGGCCGUCUGCCCCCCAGCACUCCUCGCUCUAAGAGGCUCCUUUCAGAUGAACGCAGUAAUAUUUUGAUUUACAUGACGGGUCAUGGAGGAGAUGGGUUUCUAAAAUUUCAAGAUGCUGAGGAAAUUACAAAUGUGGAGCUAGCUGAUGCCUUUGAACAAAUGUGGCAGAAGAGAAGGUACCACGAGUUGUUCUUCAUGAUUGACACAUGUCAGGCAGCCUCCAUGUUCCAGAGGUUCUACUCCCCAAAUAUCCUGGCAGUCUCUAGCAGUUUAGUCGGGGAAGACUCUCUUUCUCACCAUGUGGAUCCUGCUAUAGGGGUGUAUAUAAUAGAUCGGUACACAUAUUACGCUCUUGAAUUUCUGGAAGGUGUCGACCCAAAGAGCAAGAAGACGAUGAGGCAAUUUCUAAGAGUGUGCCCCAAGGCCCUGUGUAUAUCAACCGUGGGAACACGAGAAGACCUGUUUGGGCGUAACCCAGACAACGUCCUGCUUACUGAUUUCUUUGGGAGUGUGAGAAAUGUGGAAAUCCAGGAGAACAUGAUAGCUUUGCCUGAUGUAUCCAAGACAUUCAAUUCCACUGCCUCUACAUGCAGAUUGGAACACUGUACUCCCCGGAAGAGGCCUGUCCAGCUGAGUUAUGUCAGUCAGUUUCCGACGGAAUUCUAGGAUAGUGGUGUAGAUAUCUCCAGAAUUUUGCCCAAUCAAAACACCAGGUACAGAGAGAAUGUACUUUGUGAUAAGAAACUAAAUAAGGUUGGACAAUACGUUUUGAGACAGUCCCAGGUAUUGCCACAGUUGAGUCUGGUAGAAAAGGGAAGGCCAUUGUAAGUGUACCGACUUGAUGUUAUUUCCCCAUGUGCAAUAUUCUGAAAGGUCCUAGGCCCCUGUGAGCUGGUGACCGGGAUACAGUUCAUGAAUUUUCUUCAAAUGGAUAAUUUUCUGACACAUGAACAAUGUAUUACAGCAAAUCUCAAUCUAAAUCAUGAGGGAGUGGGCAGUGGUGUAGUGGUUAAAUGUGUUUACCUCUCAUUGCUCUGACAACCACAUCUCAGUUGUGGGUUCACACCCAGCCUUGGACAGGGAAAUUGUAGAUUCCCCUGCUCAUUGCGGUCUCGGUGACAGUGGACGUCUAUGAAUGCUGACAGUCCAAAGUUCUUUGAAGACCACCUUCCACAAGCAUGAUGGACAUAUCUUAUUUCAUUUGUUUAUUUAGUUGGUGUUUUACGCCUUACUCAAGAAUAUUUCACCAAAAAGGCAGCCAGCAUUAGCAUGGGGGGGGGGGGGGGACAUUCCGCAGGUUGCUAGCAGACCUUCCCAUGUACAGCCAGAGAGGACGCCAGCAUGAGCUGGACUUGAACUCACAGCAACGGCAUUGGUGAAAUUGCACCGUGCAGGCAUUCUAACCCCCUUGUCUAUGGAGGCCCAUGACUUUGUUUUUGUUUUCAUUGUCACACAUAUACAUUUCAUAUUUGUACAAGAGAACUCUGCAUUUGUAUGUGUACUCUGUGUUGUGUAGAUGUGUAUAGGGUUUGUUUUUAUAGCUGCCUUUUGCUGUAUAAUCCGUACGUAUACAAAGCUGUGUGUGUAUGGGGCACUCACAGCCAAUCAGCCUCUGAGUGUAUAGAGGUUGAUCAGUCAGUGGGAUAAGGUCACUGGUUUGCUCAGGGCAAUCAGCAGCCAAUCAGCUACUGAGUCUAUAGAGGUUGAAAGAGAUUGGUCAGGCAGCGGGAGAAGGGUGGGGCUUUGCCGGGAGGCACUCCGGAGCCAAUCAGCCGCUGAGUAUAUAGAGGUUGAAAGAGGUUGGACAGGCAGUGGGAGAAGGGCAGGGGUUUACUGGUAGCACUGAGGUUUCGUCCAUCCAUGAACUUACCAGUGGUUGUAUAUAAACUGUAAAUUUCUUUAGUAUAGUGUUAUAUACAUGUACAUAAAUCACCAAAAAGAAGAAGAAAUCAGAAAAUUUUGGUGUAUAUAUAUAUAUAUAGUAUGAUAUGUAAUAUAUUUCAUUUCAACUCGGCAGGAAGCGGACAUUAUGGUGGAUUUCUUCUUGGAAGCUUCUUGGAAGCUUCUUAUUCAUGUUAUUGGCAUAUCUGGCUCAAUCAUCUCUUUGUGGCUCUGGUGGUUAAAGUGCUGGCUCUGGUGGUUAAAGUGCUGGCUCCGGUGGUUAAAGUGCUGGCUCUGGUGGUUAAAGGGCUGGCUCUUGUUGUUAAAAAGCUGACUCUCUGCGACUAUCAGGCCCCUGACAAAUGAGGUUUCAUGUUCGAAUCCGGCUUCAUAGGGCGGAAGUUUACUCCGGGCAUGCUGGUUUCCUGCACUCAUAAACCUGACUAAUAUAAUAUAAGUGAGAAAUUUUUUGGGUAUGGCAUUAAACACCAUUCAAUUGAUCGGUGGAUCAAAGAGUCAGUCUGGAGGGUUGUUCAGUUACUGCAUUUAUUACCUUUCUUCCAUGAGUAAACAAUCUCAAGUGGAGCGUAAAACAUGUGUGAGAUAAAUAAAUAUAGUUUCUAAGGAUUUGUCGCCACCAUAUGGCUGAAUUAUUGCUGAAAUGGCGUUAAACAAUAAUCAUUCCUGCAUCCAAAUUUUAGAUAUGGUUUAGCUGAUAAGAAAACGUCCAAGUAGCUGAUAUCAGCACAUCACUUUGUUAAAGCUGUGGUGUACCAGUAAACUAAAUAUGUGUGUGUAUAAAAUAUUAAA